GGUGAUCGCCUGCUUCGACAUGUAUCCGCAAGAUGGCUAUCUUUCUUGCCUGCCAUAAACAAGAUGUUGAAGUGUUGGCCAGCCGUUAAAGCAUACUUUCAAAAGCUGGGAGAGGACCACUGUCCUCCUCUGAUAUGGCGCCACAUUGACAAUGAGGCUGGAGAAAAGGACUACAGUACAUCACAAACUUACAUGAUGUUUCUCCAGACCACUCUGACGCCUAUUGAGGAGACUGUACUGAUUCUGGAGCAGGAUGCACUGACAGCACCUGAAUUGUUUGAGGCCAUGCUCAGGUUGCUAAACAGCCUUAAGCAACGCAAAGCUGACUCCUUUUUUGGAACGGAGACAGAUAAGGCGCUGCGCAAAAUGCCACCUUCAAAGGCAAGGAAAGUGACGCAGGACUUCCUCAAGUUCUUCGAAAAAACCAUCGCAUAUCUGGAAGCAAAGUUUGAUUUCUCUGAGAAAAAUCACCUGUGUGCUUUGACACCAUUUUCUCUUAAAAAAAGUGUGACUUAUGACCACCUGCGGUGUGCUGCUGAGCAGCUGAAAAUGGAGAAAAUAAUAAACCUGGAUAACCUAUACAGUGAAUACACCGAUGCCAAGAGCCUGAUGGAUGAGCAAGUGGCCUGUGUUGACCCAAAAAUCACUGUGGAUAAAAAGUGGGUGGCCAUAUUCUCUGAGAUGGGAACUCGGUCUCACAAGUGCGAAAACCUCUUACUUCUUGUAAGCAAGAUCCUGAGUAUCCCAUGCUCCAACGCUUUUGUGGAGAGGGUAUUCAGCCUCAUGUCAGCUCGCUGGACGGAGACCAGGAAUCGGUGUAACGUAGACCUGGUGAAAGCAGAGCUGCAAGUCAAAGUGAAUUUUGAUAUGGAUUGUGAACAAUUUUAUCACCGUAUUAUUGGAAUGCCAGAAUCCCCAGCACAAUCAUUUGGAUAUGUUCUUGAGUCAUCUCAGCAGAGAUGUUGCUGUACAGAGGAUAAGCUCCAUUCAGGAAACUAGCAACCACAGACAACAGUAGAUCGCUUCCAUCACACAACAGAAGACACCCUGUGAGGCAAGUGGGGCUGAGAGAGCUCUGGGAGAACUGUUUUUGGGAGAAAAGCUCUGAGAGAACUGGGACUAACCCAAGGUCACCCAGCUGGCUGCAUAUGGAGGAGGAGUGGGGAAUUGAACCUGAUUCUCCAGAUUAGAGUCUGCUCAUCUUAACCACUACGUCAAUCUGUCUCUCAUAAAAUUCAUGGUGCCAUGCCCAGCACAAACACGCUGCCUCUUACCAGAGAUAUCUUAAGGAGGUGCUCAGGGCUGUUGUGAGAUGCCGUCGGACUGGGGUUCCGGCUGCCGUCCUUAGAGGAGGGGAAAGAGAGGAGGCUUUAGUUCCAUGGAUCCCAAGGAGAGCACUUCAGGGCAGAGAUGCUGAUAUAUGGCCUUGGCCAGAGCGUUUUUGUAGAAAAGGCCUAGCAAGAACUCAUUUGCAUAUCAGGCCACACCUCCUGAUAUCAGCAUUGUUUCACAUAGGGCUUUUUUGCAAUAAAAGUCCAGCAGGGAUCAUUUGCAUAUUAGGCCACACCCCUGACACCAAGCCAGCCGGAACUCCAUUCCUGUGCAUUGUUUAGUUAUUGAAUUUUAAAUGGUCAUUUUCACGUUAUGCAAUUUUUGUCGUGAGCCGCCCAGAGCCUGCUCCAGCGGGGAGGACGGGAAAUACCGGUAAAUCAAAUCAAAUAAAUAAAUUCCUGCUCAAAAAAA